AUGUGGGAGGGCCCGUUCAGGGUCGCCCGCGUCUCCAGGCCAGGUGCCGCGUGCUUGGAGACGGAGGACGGGGUCCCCAUCCAGAAUGCCUUGAACAUCCAACAUAUUCGCAAGUUCUACCCGAGUCUCCCGGUGCGCCGGUCCGCCGCCAUGCGGGAGCUCCCAUCCACGCCCAAGUGGAAGCCCCAUGCUCCGCGCUGGCGGACGACACGGUCGAACAGUGACUAUGCCCACGCCCAAGUGGAGGCCCCAUGCUCCGCGCUGGUUUCAUGUUUUGUGCUUUUCAUCAGGCUUUCAAAUCCAAAUCCAAGGACUUAUAUUGGUUCAGGGAAGGUUGCGGAAAUUAGGAGUGCAGUUCAGGCCCUUGAUAUUGCGACUAUAAUUUUCGAUGAUGAGUUGUCUGCUGGACAGCUGCGUAACUUGGAGAAGUCCUUUGGUGGAGGUGUUCGAGUCUGUGACCGGACUGCUCUUAUUUUGGACAUUUUUAAUCAAAGGGCAGCGACACAUGAAGCUGCUCUGCAGGUCACCUUGGCACAAAUGGAAUAUCAACUUCCUAGGUUGACAAAGCUAUGGACUCACCUUGAGCGGCAGUCAGGAGGCCAAGUCAAGGGUAUGGGUGAGAAACAAAUUGAAGUUGACAAGCGCAUCUUGAGAACACAAGUAAGCACUUUGAGGAAGGAAUUGGAGUCUGUCCGAAAACAUCGAAAGCUUUAUCGCAACCGUCGACGGUCGGUGCCUAUUCCUGUUGUUUCUCUGGUGGGAUAUACAAAUGCUAGAAAAAGUACACUCUUGAACCGCUUAACUGGAGCUGAUUUGCUCGCUGAGGAUAAAUUAUUUGCCACACUAGACCCAACAACACGGAGGGUGUUGAUGAAGAGCGGCACUGAGUUCCUCCUAACAGAUACUGUCGGGUUCAUUCAGAAGCUACCCACUAUGCUGGUGGCAGCAUUUAGAGCAACACUGGAGGAGAUAUCAGAAUCAUCAAUUAUUGUUCAUCUUGUAGAUAUCAGCCAUCCAUUAGCUCAACAACAGAUAAGUGCUGUUGACAAAGUACUGAAAGAGCUGGAUAUAGACUCGGUUCCGAAGUUGGUUGUGUGGAAUAAGAUUGACAAUGCCGAUAACUCAUUGAGAGUGAAGGAGGAAGCCGAGAAACAAGGGAUAAUCUGCAUAUCCGCCAUGAAUGGCGAUGGUUUGGAAGAGUUCUGCAAUGCAAUCCAAGCAAAGUUGAAAGACUCACUGGUGCCUAUAGAAGCUUUUGUUCCGUAUGACAAAGGAGAUCUGCUAAAUGACAUACAUAAGCUUGGAAUGGUUGAGAAAACCGAGUACAUGGAAAACGGCACGUUGAUAAAAGCACAUGUGCCUCUACCUCUUGCAAGGCUUCUCACGCCGUUGCGGCAGCAUGUGGCUGCUCCUCUAUGAUCAUCCCUUUUCCAGCUCGAGGCCAUCAUCGGCCGUCAUAUAGUUUUUGUUGGCGGGCGAUGUACAAAGUUUAGUAGGAGAGAUUAUCUUGUUUCCCGUUUGACCAUUGUACACAGUUAGUUUUUGUGACAAAAACAAGUACGCAGUUUUUCUUUGACAAUUAAGAAAA